AUGAGCACAAAAGAGGAAACCUACCCUUUUCCUCCAUCUUCUCAAAAGCUGAAAGUGCACUACUUGUAUUGA